AUUAUGAGUUCUGUGAUCAUGGAUAAUAAUUCAUUUUUGCUCUACAAACCUCAAGAAUUAUUUGAAUUGAAAGAAAAUUAGGCAAAUGAAGAGGAAUUAUUUGACAAAAUUAUUUUUGCCAUUGCUUUAGGUGGAGAUUAAAGUAAAAUAAAUUAAGAGUUUCUUAAAUGUUGGAUCAAAUAUACUUAAGAAUAAUAGAAAACAAUAGUAUAAUAAUAGAAAACAAUAGAAUAAUUAUAGAUAACAAUAGAAUAAUUAUAGAAAACAGUAGAAUAAAAAUAAUCAAAAACAAUACAAUAAUAACCAAAAACAAUUCAAUAAUAAAAAAUGUUAGAAGAAGAAAAUGAAAGAUUGAAGGAAUGUAUAAUGAAAUGUAACAUGUAAAAGAGAUAAGAAAUGGUUGGCAAUCAAACGACUAAAGAUUUACUUAAAGGAAGUGAUCUUUCAAAAUUUUCUACGUAAAACUUCUAAUAAAUUACAAUGAUACAAUAAAUUGAAAAUCUGAAGAAAUUGCUUGAAGAUAAAAUCUAGAAAAUAAAUGAAUUAGAAACAUCUAAUCUUGCACUUGCACAUUUAGAAGUUUAGACUUGUAUAACUAAAAUACAAGCAUUUACAAAAUCUUUAGAUUAGUAUUCAAUUGACUUGUUCUAAAGGAAAAUUAUUACUAGCUCAGGUUUUGAUCCAGAUUUAAGUAGAAAUUCAUAAACCUGGGAUAAUUUAACUUAGAGGUAAUAAAUUAAUUAAGAGUAAUUACAAUCACCUUUAGAUCCAGAUAAGUUACAAGAAAGUAUUGUUUUGGAUAGUUAAUCGUGAAUAAAAUAUAAAUAAAAUGCAUAAAAAAUAUUAUUUAAUGAACAUUAAAAUUA